AUUUUCCUGGGUUCUUCCAGCUGUUCUGUUCAAUCCCGCCGUCAGUUCUGAGCAGGGAAGAGAGGCUGUCAACACAAAUAAGGCAUUUUUCAAAGGCGUAAAUUAUGAGUUCCCCAAACAAUGCGACAUCUCAACCACAUGGAGAAGUGGAGAGCCCCACAGCUGGAGCAGAUGUGGCUGUUAUUGGAGGUGUGAUUGCUGCCGUGGUAUUCGUCCUCAUCUGCCUGCUGGUGGUGAUGGUGCGCUACAUGUACAGGCACAAGGGCACCUACCACACCAACGAGGCCAAGGGAACCGAGUUCGCCGAGAGCGCCGACGCCGCUCUGAAGAACGACCCCGCUCUCCAGGAGGCAGUGGAUGAGAGCAAGAAGGAAUAUUUCAUCUGAGAGGCAAGGAUUUCCAUGGAGACUUCCCCGGGGGAAUCAAUCAGAAAUGUAACAUCAACAGAAGUACUGAGAGGUGGAUAAUACGAGGAUACAGGCGAGCAUCCUAAUUGAAAAGUAUCUCUCUACUUUUUUUUGUCACUGGGUUGUUUCUUUUCCUCUAGCAGUGAAGAACUAAAUGCCAGAUACUUGCCUGUUGAUUUUAUUAGCAACACAGCUGGUCACAGUUGAAAUCAAUAUCAGAUAAGAAGAAACAAAAUCUCAGUAUGAGUGAUACACCAAAACCAGAUAAAGAUAGCAAAUGUCAAGCCUUGACAUUUGGUGAAAAUAGCAGAUGCCAAAUGAAAACAUCCUCUUAGAGUUAAUGAUGCAUCCUAUUCUGAUAUGAUGAAGAACUACCUGAAAUUGAAUUUCAAAUGGUAACAGAACAAACAUUAAACUAGAUAAAGGUGACCUAGCUUGAAAAAAAUAAAUCUGUAGCCCAGAUAUCCCCUCCCAUCCCCUUAAAUGUGCAUUUUUAUUGGCACAGGUGAGUUGAUGUUGGUUUUUGGGGGGAUUUACACUGGGAUUUCUUUUUUUAAUAUUUGAAUUUUAUACAUAUAUAAAAAUCAAAGACACUUCAAAGAAAUAAAACUCUUGGAAAACAUGGAAAAGGUAAGAGUGAAGGAUUUAUUACUGACUUUCUCUGCAUGGCAGCUUGAGAACUGCAAAAUGCUGGAAUUUACACUGUAGUAUACAAUAGUCAGUAGAUGUACAAAUAUGAUUCCAGUUAGUCUGUAGGUUUUCUGCACACAUGCAUAAAUAGAUAGAUAUUAAAAGGUAAAGCAUCCUGGUUUGAGCAGGCCCUUUGAAACAAUGGAGCUCAGCUACAUUUUUUCCAUGUAAGAUAUUUUUGCCUGAAUAUUUAUUUAUUUAUUUUGCAUUAGAAAAUUCUCUGAGUGCCCGCCAGCAGGAUUGUAGAUUUUUGCAGGGAGAGGAAUGCAGUUCUGGUGCAGAUAUGAGUACAUCUUUCACAAAUGCAACCUUAUGACUGUCACUAUAAAGCAGCUUGUUCAUCUGCGUCCCACUGGCUUUAUUUCUCACUCUGUGUGGCUUCUGUGUAUCCUUUGCAGUGUGCUAGACCAGAGAAUUACACUGACAUCUAUGCUUUAUAAUAAAUAAAUAAAUAGAUUAUUCAUGGUGGGUCACAUGAAAAGAUCUUAUUCCUCACCUAAGAAUCAACGGUGAUGAGUUUAUUUACCCCAGUAAGUUGGCUUCCUAAUUGAAGCCCACAAUUACCUCCAGAAAUAGGAUAAUUGUUCUCUGCACCUGCUCAUCCACAGCUGUCAUGGUGCCCUGGACUACUGAAAAUAGAGGUGGAGAAAUGCAAGAUAACAAACAAGAUACUGAUGAGCUCUGCUCAAGCUGAUAUAUUUUUUCCUAUGCUUUGAUCUAUAUAUGUGUGUACAUUAUAUAUAAGUCAUCUACAGCUGUGCUUUCAAGACACUGUUGCUCAUUCUUGGCACCAAAGCUCUGGAAAGAUUCUGGACUUGGUGUUCAUUACUGACAUUGGCCUCAAAAAUGCUGUAAGAGAUCCGUGCAAGGUAAGACUCUGAGGACCCAACUGAAGAAACAAGAUAUUUUUGUCUUUCAAUCACAGUCUCAGUUUUUGGUCAGUACUUGAAGAAGAUGGACUCUGAAUUAUUUUUAGAAUCCCAAUACCUUUAAUUUUGAAUGUUAAAUCUACGUGUUAGCAUUUUAAC